UUAAUGAAUCUAUGGAAUUUCUCUUUUCAAAUUUGUUGUCUCUUUCCAGCAGGAUGUCUUUAAAAACUGUAAAGGCAGGACCAGAAAGUCGCCCAUCGUCUGCAGCCAGCAUUUCUCUUCGAGGGGCGAGGAGUCCAGUAGCCGGCAGAUCCCCGACCACCGGCCGAUUUAAAAAUAAGGCUCUUCAGCUCAGCCUCUCCAAGAAAUUCUGCUCAAAGUCUCCAACGACUCCGAAAAAGGGCAACGGUGCUGGUGAGGAGCGUCAUCGGCGCGGUAAACGGAGCCUCAGUAAUAGCUCAGCAGUGGCUGCCGCCUACAUCGCAUACCUCAAUAAACUCUUUGGACAGGAACGAGAGCUGAUGCCCCUGGAGUUGGAUGAGUUGCGAGAAGCCUUUAAGGAGUUUGACUAUGAUGCAGAUGGCUUCAUACAUUACAAAGACAUUGCUGACUGCAUGAGGACCAUGGGAUACAUGCCUACAGAGAUGGAACUGAUCGAGAUCAUCCAGCAGAUCAAGAUGAGAUGGGGUGGCCACGUGGACUUCGACGACUUUUGCGAAUUAAUGGGCCCAAGGAUGCUCGCUGAGACUGCUCACAUGGUUGGGCUCAAGGAGCUCCGCUGUGCCUUCAAACAGUUUGACUGCAAUGGGGACGGUAAAAUCACAUUUGAGGAGCUGAAGGAUGGGAUGAAGACCCUCCUUGGAGAAAAGCUGAAGAAGGGCGAGCUAGAGGAGAUCCUUGGUGACAUUGACCUAAACAAAGACGGCAACAUCGACUUUGAUGAAAAAUCAAUGAGCAAGUCACAAUGACUUGAGGUCGUUGGAACCUGGUUGGACUCCGCUUCUUGUCCUAAUUCAGCUGGGAUUGGCUCUCGCUUACCUGUGACCCUAAUAAGGAUGAAUUGAAGUAUAUGAAGGGUUUUUUCUUCACAGAAUUGCUUUUGCAGAUUCUUCGCAAGCAUAAUUUGUUCAGAUUGGCUUUUCCUGGUUUUGUGUCGCCAGCGCUUUCUCUUCAUACUUGUUUCUGUAAUUAUAUGUUUUUUGUGCCGUCAUUCAUCCGAGUCUACAUUUGUGCAAUAUGCUUACCAUACGGUCCAUUUCGGAUCGUGCCAGUUUUAUUUUGCAAUAUUUUAAUCGCAGCGUUGAAACCGAGUUAUCUUACGGUGUCUUAGAGUACCGGUAACUAAAGAAAGAACCCUUAUUUUUUUAUUUCUUAUUUUUGCUGAACACUUAUGAUUCCCAACUAUGUUAGUGUAUUUUAAUGCUGUUCAUGAUGAUACUUAGCAUUUGUUGAGGUGGUACUUAGUGUGAAACGAAAACUGUUGAAAAAAAAUCAUGUACCGUUAGUCAGAAGAACAAAAAUUGGGAACACGCGUUCUAAUUUUUAACUUCUCAAGUGAUUUUUAAGAUGAGGAAAUCUCUCUUGUUUAAUCGAAUCAUGCAUAUGAUUGACUGGCUGUGUGUGAGUCAAUUAAACAUUUUUUCCCCAAACAAUUCACAACAAUACAUUAUUCAAAUCUAGAUUGUAAGUAUUACCAGUGCCCUAUGAAGAAUAUCUUUGAGAUCUGUAAAUCUAUUUGUUCCCUGUGGUUCUCUUUAUCGGUAUUUUAUGAAAGUGCAUGAAGAAAUCCAGUAGACACAAAGUAUCCACACAAAAAAGCUAUUACAAGAAAACAUUAAGAGCAAAUGGAGGAGAAAGUAGGAAGAGGACAAAAUGGCACGCUUCCAUGGAGGCGCCGUGCCUGAAAGAUUCUUUGCAAUCUAAUUGGGCUUUUUCCUCAAUCAAUACACAUGCCGGAACGUGUCUCACAUGCGACACAUUGAGAACACACUGUGCUGGACAGCUCAAGGACUUAGUAGAAAUUGCAUUACCUGCUAAGAAAACACACACACACACACACGCACACACACUCGCAUGCUCAUGUGAUAGCAGGGAAUGAAGGCUUGAGCACACGUAGAGCCAAGAAGUGUGAUCUGUUUUGUCUUGUCGCAGCAAUCCAAUCUCUUGCAAUUAUCGGCAACAUAUGAAAGAGCCGUGUCAUUGUCAAAAGGGAUCAAUGAGCGAGCACUCUUUGUCAUCAUCAUCAAUUAGCCCCGAGGGCACAGUUUUGAAGGUGUCACAGGGGCCUCAUGUCUAACAAGGCGCGACAAUAAAUGAAUAUCCCAAAUGUAAACCUUCCGCCCUGAGCCCUGGUGGGAUUAUAGAUUUGCGCCACCCACCUCUCACCUCAAUAGGUGUCAUCAAAUUCACAUCAUCAUUUUAAAAAGCCAUCCCAAGCCUUGUACAGAGAACAUUGAACUGAUUCAUAUGCGCAAAAGCGCUCGCAGCACACACAGCGGUAGUGAGUGGCUGAGUCACACUGUUUUAAUUUUUUUUUUCGAGCUACUUUUGCACCCUCCCCUCUCACUUUGGCUAGUUUAGUAGCUGAUAAUAAUCCGGCUUCCUACAUUAUGCAGCCAAUCAGUUUAAAAAAAAUAUGCAAAGAAUAUCUUCAGAUUAUGCAUAAUACAAUAUAUGCAUAUCAUAUAAACUUGUUCAUAGAGGCAAGUUAUAUAAACGAUUACUAUAUUCUAUAUUGCAAAAGAAUUAUUCACUUUUUUAGUACAUAUUAAAUAUCCCCACAUAUAAUUGUACAUUACAGUUUAUUGGAUGCAGUAUGUAAGCGUUCAGUCUUUUUUUUUUCCCCCUUCCGGCAGCUAAAUUAAUCAGUUCAACAUUUUUGGCAUCUUAAACUCCUUGAAAAUUCCUCUCUGUUGUGAAAUUCAGUAAAUAGUAAAGGCCAAAGUAUGAUAAAAUUUACAUUUUCUGCCUAGAAUUCACAUCUUUUUUGUUGUAAGCUUUCAGUUCGCCAUGCCUCAGCGCUCUCUCUCAACGACUCUUUAAUUCAACAAGAAGUCUCAACUUGCAUAAAGAUGGAAAAAUUACACGAAAAAUAUCUAAAAAAAAAAGUUUCACUGUUCAUCAGUCCGUGGUCAGACAGUGUCUAUUAUAGGAAACAAUUCAGCGAAUCUGCUACACUCCCUCAGAGUUGCUGUCCUCUAAAAAUGACUGCAGUGUCAGUUUUAGACUUAGAGCAGGGGUGUUCAAAGUCUGUCCUCAGGGGCCGCCGUCCUGCCUGUUUUCUAGCUCUCCCGGCUGUAACACACCUGAUUCAGGUGAUGGCUCAUCAGCCAGCUCUGAAGCAGCAUUAGAAGAACCCUGAUUAUUUGAAUCAGGUGUGUUGCUCCCGAGAGAACUGGAAAACAGGCAGGACGA